AUGUUGUGUUUGUCUAGACUAGUGACAUCUGCUCGAUUAAGUUCAUCUUACUGUAAAGGACAGGUCUUUUUAAAAUCUCGAAUUGGUUUUUCGUCGUUAUUAGUAAAAGAUCAGUUGUGUAAAACUGCAUUUGUAGAUUCGAGGUUUGAUUGUAGUCGACAAGUAAGAUUUUUUACAAUGAGUGAUUUAGACAAUUUACCACAAGUUGAUCCAACAACUGGUGAAAUUAUCAUCAAUCCUUUGAAGGAAGAUGGUACUGAAAAGACUCCAAAGGAAAUUGAAAAGGAAAAGAAGAAAGCUGAAAAACUAUUAAAAUUUGCUGCAAAACAAGCUAAAAAAGCUGCUGCUGCAUCAUCAGCUAACUCAAACCCUGAAAAAAAGGCUAAAAAGAAGAAUUCUAAAAAGGAAGCUGAGCCAAUCCCAGAAUUUGUCGAUAAAACUAUCCCUGGUGAUAAGAAAGUCUUAGUCUCUUUGGAUGAUCCUGCUUUGAAAGCUUAUAACCCUGCUAAUGUUGAAAGUUCUUGGUAUGACUGGUGGGUUAAAACUGGUGUUUUUGAACCAGAAUUCGGUCCUGAUGGGAAAAUUAAACCAGAAGGGUUAUUCUGUAUUCCUGCACCACCACCAAAUGUCACCGGUGCUUUACACAUUGGACAUGCUUUGACUAUUUCCAUCCAAGAUUCUUUGGUUAGAUACUACAGAAUGAAGGGCAAAACCGUUUUAUGGUUACCAGGUUUCGAUCAUGCUGGUAUUGCUACCCAAUCUGUUGUCGAAAAACAAAUUUGGGCCAAGGAAAAGAAGACUAGACAUGAUUACGGUAGAGAAGCUUUCAUUUCAAAGGUUUGGGAAUGGAAAGAAGAAUACCACAACAGAAUUAAGAACCAAAUUAUGAAAUUAGGUGCUUCUUAUGACUGGAGUAGAGAAGCUUUCACAUUAGAUCCAAAGUUAACUGAUGCCGUUGUAGAAGCUUUUGUUAGAUUGCAUGACGAUGGUACUAUUUACCGUGCUAACAGAUUGGUCAACUGGUCUGUCAAAUUAAACACUGCCAUUUCCAACUUGGAAGUUGAAAACAAAGAUGUUAAAGGUAGAACUCAAUUGAGUGUUCCAAACUAUGACGAAAAAGUCGAAUUUGGUGUAUUGACCUCUUAUGCUUACCCAGUUGUCGACUCUCCAACUAAUGAAAAGAUCAUCGUUGCAACCACUAGACCUGAAACCUUAUUUGGUGAUACUGCAGUUGCUGUUCAUCCAGACGAUUCUCGUUACACUCACUUACAUGGUAAAUUCGUCCAACAUCCAUUCUUACCAAGAAAAAUCCCAAUUGUCUGUGACAAAGAAGCUGUUGACAUGGAAUUCGGUACUGGUGCUGUUAAAAUCACUCCAGCUCAUGACCAAAACGAUUACAACACUGGUAAACGUCAUAACUUGGAAUUCAUUAAUAUUUUCACUGAUGAUGGUUUGUUGAAUGAAAACUGUGGCCCUGAAUGGCAAGGUAUGAAGAGAUUCGAUGCUAGAAAGAUCGUUAUUCAAAAAUUACAAGAACUAGAUUUGUACGUCGGUCAAGAAGACAACGAAAUGACUAUUCCAACAUGUUCCAGAUCCGGUGAUAUCAUCGAACCAUUAUUAAAACCUCAAUGGUGGGUUGCCCAAAAUGACAUGGCAAAGGAUGCUAUUAAAGCUGUUAGAGAUGGAGAAAUCACCAUCACACCAAAGUCUUCCGAAGCUGAAUACUUCCAUUGGUUAGAAAACAUUCAAGAUUGGUGUAUUUCCAGACAACUAUGGUGGGGUCAUCGUUGUCCAGUUUACUUCGUUAACAUCGAAGGUCAAGAAAAUGAUAGAAUCGAUGGUAACUACUGGGUUGCUGGUAGAAACGUUGAAGAAGCUGAAACUAAAGCUAAGGCUAAAUUCCCAGACGCCAAAUUUACUUUGGAACAAGACGAAGAUGUUUUAGAUACAUGGUUCUCUUCUGGUCUAUGGCCAUUUUCAACUUUGGGCUGGCCAAACAAGACUAAAGAUAUGGAAAAUUUCUAUCCAUUCUCGAUGUUAGAAACUGGUUGGGAUAUCUUAUUCUUCUGGGUCUCCAGAAUGAUUUUGUUAGGUAUCAAAUUAACUGGUAACAUUCCAUUUAAGGAAGUCUUCUGUCAUUCUUUGGUUCGUGAUGCUCAAGGUCGUAAGAUGUCUAAAUCUUUGGGUAACGUUGUUGAUCCAUUAGAUGUCAUCGGGGGUAUCAAAUUGGAAGAUUUACAUGCUAAGUUAUUGACUGGUAACUUGGAUCCAAGAGAAGUUGAAAAGGCUAAGACUGGUCAAAGAGAAUCUUAUCCAAACGGUAUUCCACAAUGUGGUACCGACGCUAUGAGAUUUGCCUUAUGUGCAUACACUACUGGUGGUCGUGAUAUUAAUUUAGAUAUUCUUCGUGUUGAAGGUUACAGAAAGUUCUGUAACAAGAUCUACCAAGCUACUAAAUUUGCUUUAAUGAGAUUAGGUGAUGAUUACCAACCACAAGCUAAUGAAGGUUUAUCUGGUAAUGAAUCCUUAGUUGAAAAAUGGAUUUUGACUAAAUUGACUAACACCUCUAAGGUUGUCAAUGAAGCUUUAGAAAAUCGUGAUUUCUUAACCUCCACUAGUGCUAUUUAUGAAUUCUGGUAUUUGAUUUGUGAUAUUUACAUUGAAAACUCUAAAUACUUAAUUCAAGAAGGUUCCCCAGUUGAACAAAAAUCUGCCAAGGAUACUUUAUACAUUUUAUUGGACAAUGCUUUGAAGAUGAUCCAUCCAUUCAUGCCAUUCAUUUCUGAAGAAAUGUGGCAACGUUUGCCAAAACGUUCUUCUGAAAAGUCAGACACUAUUGUUAAAGCUUCCUAUCCAGUUUACAAUGCUGAAUUCGAUGAUGUCAAAUCUGCUGAAGCAUAUGAAUUAGUUUUAGAUAUCACUAAAGAUGCUCGUUCAUUACUAGCCGAAUAUAACAUCUUAAAGAAUGGUAAAGUUUACGUUGAAUCCAAUGACGAUAAAUCAUUUGAAACUGCUACCUCACAAAAAGAUUCUAUUGUUUCUUUAAUCAAGGCCAUUGAUGAAGUUACAGUUGUUCGUGAUGUUUCUGGUAUUCCAGAAGGCUGUGUCUUGCAAUCUGUAAACCCUCAAGUCAAUGUUCAUUUAUUGGUUAAAGGUCAUAUUGAUAUUGAAGCUGAAGUUGGUAAAGUUCAAAAGAAAUUGGAAAAGGCUUUGAAGAAUAAGCAAAACAUUGAAAACACCAUGAACAGUAAGGAUUAUGAAACAAAAGCUAAUGAUCAAGCUAAAGAAGCCAACAAAACCAAGUUAGAAAACACCAAUGCUGAAAUCGAAGGUUUGCAAGCCACUAUCAACAACCUUGAAAGAUUAAAAUUAUAA